AUGCAUAGCCUUAACGCGGAUGAGGCAGCUGCCCUGGCCACAUUCAGCCAGCUAUGCAUCGAACAAGGCCUCUUGAAACGACCGAGCGAAUUAAGUGGAAACGAUGUUGUCGAUGGAAUCAACGAUGAGACAGCGUUGCUACGCUUCCUCCAAGCACGGAGAAUGAAGCCGCACGACGCUCUCAAGCAGUUCCAGGAAGCGACUGCAUUCCACGCGGAGAAAAAUGUGCACGCAUUCUACAAUGUCAUUUCAGUGGACGAUUAUGAAGAUACGAGGCGAUUGUACCCUCACUGGACCGGUCGUCGUGACAAACAAGGCCAACCCAUCUUGAUGAUCGAUUUAGCUUAUCUGAAGAACGAGGCCAUGACUCGAUGGAGACAAACUCGCAAUAUACCAUGUGCGGAUGCAUCAGCGACUUCAUCUCCCGAUAUGGCACAGCGUGUCUGUGUUUUUCACGAUAGCCUGACGCGAUUUAUCUUGCCGCUCUGUACAGCGAUGAAUGAUCGGCCGGACAGUUCUAUUCCAGUGACGAAGUCGACUUAUCUGGUCGAUGGGUCUGCGCUAUCGUUGAAGCAGGUGUGGGAUAUGAGAGAUUUUGCACAGGAAGUUAGCUGGAUCUUAGCGACUUGCUAUCCUGAAACGAUUAGCCAUAUUAUUCUCUGCAAUGCCCCGUCCUCGUUUGCUAUGAUGUGGAACAUUGUUAAGAACUUCGUGGAUCCUCGAACAGCAGAGAAGCUGGUGGUUUUGAAAUCGGCCGAGGUGUACUCCACAUUGGAAAAAUGCAUCGAUCACGUCAACAUUCCCAAACAAUUCGGGGGGGAAUUUGUUUUCCAAAACGGCAUGCUUCCUGAUCUGGAUGAGGGCAUUCGUCAGACUCUAUCUUGGAUUAAUUCCGAGAGCUCUCUUCCUCCUGGACCUCUAAAGUGGAUCGAAGAUGGGGAAGAUAGAAAAGCAAUAGCGACAGGGUGUGUCGGGGGUAUUGAAAGAACUGAAGAGAUUGCUGUUCUUAGAAAGCUAAAGUAA